AGGACUACUAACCCCCAGAACUGGGAGAAGUGGGAAGCCGUUAUGGCUGAUUUAAUACAUUUUUAUCAGCGGCUAGAAUAUGAAGCUUCUUCCUGUCGUGGGCGUGAAUUCAGAAGUUUUCCAUUUAGAUUCAAUUGAAGAUUUACUUUGCCCUCCCCUCACUCUUACAGUUCGCUUUACUUAGAGGAGACUUUUAAAGCUGGAUUGGAGCUGGAACAGUGACCGCGGUGGUUUCGAGCUAUGUUCUACCAGCCAAGUCGCGCGUCGGACGGGAUGAUGUGGCCGGUCAGAAGCGACCGUUGUAUCUCUUGACGGGCAAUUGAUUGGAAGUGCCCCAGAAUUAGGUGGUGGCAAAUCCGAAGAGUAUCAGACAGAUACACGACUGGGUUGCUGUAAGCCCUGGGGACACAAGCUUGACGCGAUCGGCGUGUUGCCGUGACUGUAAUUUCUUGAGCUGGUGCCAGUUAAAUGCAGUGAGGGUGCCUGGCGCCGAGCGCUGUCGACAUGUGUGUUCGCCUCGCCCUGGCACACUGUCGCCGGCUGAAAUCUUCUCAUCCUUUACUAUUGGUGGUGGCGAUCGCAGUAUGCUUGGUUUACCCAUCACUCACGGUCUUCCGACUAAGAGCAGGCAGCAUCAGUCCCCCUGAGCUGAAGCGUGGCUCCUGGAAUAAGUCAACACAAGUCCCAAGAAACGGGCAGAAAUCUGACGGGGAUCCUAAGUGCAUUUCUGGACUCGCUGCACUUCAAAACCUGAUCGAGGUUGAACCCACAGAAUCUAAUAGCUUCAACAAUCGCAAGAAAACUGUUGUGCUACGAGGAUAUAAUUCCAUUAGUUCAUCCGACCUUCGAUUAUAUCGGCAAAUUUUUGAUCAGUAUGGUUAUGAGCUUGUUCUACCACCACAAGCUGGAGGAACCAGCUACAAGGAAGGAUAUAAAGAAGCUGGAGCUGAACACUGGGACUUGUUGCUUUGUUUCACAUCAGAUGAACUUGAUGAUGACAGGUGCCUUCAAAAGGAAAUGUUUGAUCAACUCCGACUCCAUCAGAAGGUAAACAAGAUACCAGGAUUAGAGAAUACACUUUGCAGAAAAGAUGGCUUUUGUGAAAUUAUGAAGAAUGCCCAAAGCCUACCAGUUCCUCAACCUUUGGCUGUUUCACCUUUGUGCUUUGACCAUUAUAUGGGCUUGGAAACUGCUAGCAACAAGAUAAGGGCUGAAGAUAUGAAUCCUCACCAAGGAUAUAAGUCUUCUCUGAAGCUUCAAAGACCAAGCAAUGACAUUGACAUGAAACAAAAUUAUGCUUUUUCGGAAAAUGCUCUCUGGGGAAAGCGGCAAGGUGUUCCAAUAGAAGGCCUUUCAGCAAUUCUCAAAGUCUAUGUUUUGGUGACCUCACUGUCUCCACUACGAGCAUUCAUUCAUUCAACUGGACUUGUCCAAGGUGAACCCAAUAAGAAGUUCUUUGUUACCAAGCUUCUGGAUUAUUUUGAAAAGUACUUUGGGACAGCUGCUUCUGCACAGGCCUUUGAGAACAUGAAGGAGCAAAUCACACAACUAUUAUUAAUAGCGGAAGUGAAUAUUGAACUUUCCCCUAGCAGUAAAGGAACAUCAGAAAGAUGUUGUUCGUGUUUUCAAUUAUUGGCCUUUGAUCUUAGCUUCGGUUCAUCUCUCUAUCCAGUGAUUGUUGAGGUACACCAACAGCCUGUCUUUGAAGCAGAUGAUAACAUAGCUUUUGCAGAUCGCAUCACCAAAGAUUUCCUACUGGAAGAUACUUUCAAGCUGCUGUUAUCGGGUGCAUCUGUAGUAAGUGAACUAUACGAAGCUUUAGAAAAUGUACAUCGAUCUGCAAGAUUGAAGACUAACAGCUGGCUCCAGAAACGUGAACUUUGUCUGAGUGCAAGAGAUGUAACAAUCAUUAGUCACUUUCAAAUGGAAUUCAAGAGCCAAGGGAAGUUUCAGUUGCUUUAUCCAUCUACUAAUCCAGAUUAUCAAAGGAUAUUAUAUGCAUUAUAUCACAAGUUUGAUAGCACGGCCAGGACAAGAUCUAUUCGAGAGAUGCAUCUGCUUCUUUCAGAGUUACAAGAACAAUUCCAAGCUCUUCACCUGAAGAACAGUUUGAAUGACUUCAAAUGGGAACCAUUCCAGACUAUACCACCUCAUACAUUUGUAAAGAUUGACAACACCAAAAUCGGUCAGAAUAAGCCAAACAAUUGCAGCACAGCCAAACAUACCCUGACAUACAUCUCUUGGGUUCUUACUAGACCACAGUUGAAACUGAAUCCCACUUUUACACCAAAGAUCAAAGUGUACUACUCGGAGGUCCUAUUUGAUGUGGAAAUAAUAAAGAUAAAAGCAGAAGCAGCCAACUGCCACUGUCAGGUACAUCUGGAUGAGAAAAAGGGAUCCAGUUUCGCAAACUAUCCUCUUGGCCUUGGAAACAACAGGAUCCAUAUUCUGGUGUCAGAUGAGUCUCGUGCCAAACCUGCUAUUGUAGCAACCUACACCAUCAAUGUGUACCGUCAUAGCCGCCCCAGUCUGCCUGUAUUUGAUGAAAGUGUCAUGUGCAGUUUUUUGCAGGACUGUGAGUUGAUAAUCCAGCCUGAUAAACCUUGUGGCCUGCAGCCAGUGUCAAAUGGUUCCCUCUCAACAGUUCUUCAGAGGCAGAUUGAAUCCUGCAAAACAGGGGAUGCCAAAGGGCAAUGGUUUGUUCCUUGUUUGAGCUGUUCAGACAACCGGACCUGUGACUGGCAGAGGGCAAGGUGGCAGCCAGACAGCUGUCAUCACCUUUCACCAACAAGGAGGCAGCUUCAGCAGUGUAUGAGUGGAAGGAAGGUUCUUUUUAUUGGAGAUUCAACCAAUAGGGGAAUGAUGUACUACCUUAUGGAAGAAGUGAAUGAAACUCUUCAGGAGUGGGAUAAAGCUCAUGACAGUAAAUUCUAUUACAACUUAAAUGGAGGACAGUCAUUCACUAGUUAUGUGUACUAUCCUCAGUUCUGGCUGAGUUUAGACCAGAGACCAACAUUUGAAAAGGCUUUGGAGCAACUCAUUCAAAGGUCGCAUCCCUUAGAAAACAAUGAUCAGACGGUCCUGGUCGUAGGUGGUGUGCAAUGGUUAAACAAACGUCAUCUGUACAUCAUACAGAAGGUUUUACAAAGACAGAAUCUUUUGAAUAUUCUGGUAAUUAUAAAAUCUAUAGGAAUGGGAUUUCACCUGCCAGUGGAUGGAAUCCGAUCUUUGUCUUUGAAAGAAGUUCAAAAUUUGUGGAAAGAAAACGUGGAAAUACUCUCUGAGGCAAAGAACUGUGGUUUUGAUGUUGUUGAUACAUUUAGUAUCACUAUGGGACGGUAUAAAGAAUUCCUUCAGGGAAAGUGUGCAUGUCAUUUUCAUGAGGUAGUCAAAACUGAAAACUCUAUAUCAACAAUUCAUACAAAAAUGAAGCAUUUAGCACAUUUCCUUACAGAAAAGGACAAAUCAAGCCAGAGAAAGCAUUCGACACAAGAUGUUUUGUCUGCCUUUAAAUCACACUAUCAUGUCAAAGGUCCAAUAAACCAGGCUUAUUCAGAAAUUCUUCUCAGCAGACUCUGUGUUAACAGAUCGAAUAUUCUGAGUACUCAGCAAUAAAAAAUAGACACUUUUUACAGUUUUAAGAUUUGCUGCUUCCCUGGAGAUCAGUGCAAAAUACCGCACGGUAUGUAUUCCAUUUCUCUCUGAUUGGCUACAAAUCCUUCCACCACCAAAGACAUGUGACACUUUUUAAAUCUUUAUGAAAUCAAUAUGUUCCUCUGCAAAUGUGAGGCUUCAGAGUGGCAGAUGGAAAACCAGAAAAUUGAUGUGACUCGCUGUCUGGCCAGAUGAAUUGCAUAAACAGCUGUGGGCGAAACAAAGUAUUUUACACAAGAUUAAGUACAUGAGAGACUUGAAGUCCUUAAGUAAGCCACUUAAUCCUUUCUGUGCAAUAUUCAAUCACUGUGUGCACUAUUUUUUUGCCGGAUUUCUGAAUAGCUUUUAUUUUUAUAUGUAUUGUUCACCAGGAAUCACAUUCCCCAGAUAUUGCUGGUGAUAUCAAAUUAUAUAUACCUCACAGUGCCUGUGUUUAUACUGCCAUUUUUUGGCAGGAAGGAAAAUGGUUUAGUAACUGCCUGAAUUAUCAAAUGUCUUAAGUGUACUUUACAUACAAUUUUCAAUGUUUACAAAAUGCUGGUAUUUUUCUACAUUUACUUUUAAUACAUACAUGUCUUUUUAAGUUUUCUAUUAAACCUAAUAGUGCUUAUGUUUGUGAUGCUACAGAUGACUAUUUUUAUCAUCCAUGAAUGCACUUGAAAUAUACGAAUAAAGAAAAAAUAUUUUUG